AUGCUAUAUGCGUCCGGACUCGCCCCCCACUUUGCAAUGACCAACACGCAGGAUACGAAGAUCAAAGCUCGCUCCCAGCUGCGUAUUUCCGGCCUUUUCCCAUCCGCGUACUGGUUUGGACAAGCCCUGGUGGACGUCGCCCUCUCUUGGCUCCUCCUUUUCCUGAUGAUCGCCAUCCUCCUGUUUGCGUUCAGCCAUUCCUUCCAUCUGUCGUUCCUUAAUGCGGUGCUGCUUAUCUUGGACGUUUUGGGUUACGGCAUGGCCAUGGUCCUCUAUGUUUACCUGAUCACAUUGGUGUUCGGGAAGAGGAAGAUUCAUCAUGACCGAUGGUCCUUCUUCUUCAUCUUGUCCUCCCUCAUCCUGAUCGUGUUCCACGAAUUGCCGUACUUCACGUACUACGGCUUGGAAUUGUAUUUCCUCUACUUGAUCUUGGUGCCGCCCAGCAACCUGAUGGCGUUCUUGUUCCAAAUGCUAAUGAUCUAUUCCCAUCUUUUGGACGAUCAUUUACUGCCAAUUAUGUACGCCCACCUGGCCAUCCCAUACGCACAUACCAUCGUAUUCUGGGGUCUCCUGUGGUUCUUGGAAUGGAGGAUUGGAAGCAGAAGUGUAAAACAAGAUCCAGUAUUCAGGUUUACCAAGAGAGAACAUCCUUUUACCGAGAAUCCCGAGGAGCUGGAAGAUGGAGACGAGGAGGUCCUGGCCGAGAAAGAAAGGGUUAACACCUUGAAAGCAUCAGAUCAGGAGGAGGAGAAGCCGACCAUCCUUGUGGACAGUUUGCGGAAAGAGUUUAAGGAGAAGUCAGGCCUAUGUAGACUCUUCAGGAAGAAGAAGAAGAGAAUGGCCAUCAGUAACACCUCGUUCUGCGUCAAGAAAGGUGAAGUCCUUGGACUUCUGGGCCCCAACGGAGCCGGCAAGACCACAUCUGUGCUGAUUCUAGCGGGGGAGAUGAAAGCAACGGCUGGACAGGUGGUGCUGGGCAAUGCAAGAGAUCCCCAUAGGACUAAAGACUCUGCAACCUUGGGCUACUGUCCCCAACACAACCCUCUGUGGCCCAACCUCACUGUGAAGGAACAUCUGGAGAUCUAUGCUGCUGUGAAGGGCAUGAAUAAAGAGGACACAAACCGCGCUAUCAAACGGGUGAGUGAAGCUCUGGAGAUGAAGGACCAUCUCAAUAAACCAGCCAGGAAGUUAUCAACCGGGGUCUCUAGAAAGGUAUGUUUUGCCAUCAGCAUGCUGGGUAAUCCCACCAUCGUUCUCCUGGAUGAACCUUCAACUGGUCUGGAUCCAAAAGGACAACAAAGACUUUGGAGAGCCAUCCGAGCAGCCUUCAAGAACAGGGAACGGGGCGCCAUCCUGACCACACACUAUAUGGAGGAGGCCGAGGCUGUGUGCGACCGCGUGGCAAUCAUGGUGUCGGGGAAACUCAGGUGUAUUGGCUCCAUCCAGCAUCUGAAGAGUAAAUUCGGUAAAGGUUACCUCCUGGAGAUCAAACUGAAGGAUACCCAGCAGGUCAAUGUCAUCCACCAGGAGGUCCUCCGCCUCUUCCCAAAAGCUGCCAAGCAGGACAGGUUCUCCUCUUUGCUGGUCUAUAAGAUCCCAAUGGAUAACGUCCAGUCUCUGUCUCAGGCCUUCCUUCACUUGGAGAAUGCUAAACAAACGUAUCACUUUGAGGAGUACAGCUUCUCCCAGUCCACCCUCGAGCAGGUUUUCCUGGAGUUGGCCAAAGAACAGGAGAAGGAAGACUUCCACCUAGAUUCCUCAUUCCGAUGGAAACAACUGAGGAGCGAAGAGAUCUAA